AUGUUCCGACACGAAACCAUCAGUACGGUCCGUAUCUUGCGACCGAGUACCGCUAAAUCCUGCCCCGCGUCUGUUAUGAGACCAUACAGCCACUCGUGUGCUUCGGAUAAGUUCUAUGACAGCGCACCGCGCUCCGAGAUGAGAUCUGAAAGUAACGUCGCACACGACUUCGACCACCCAGGCCGGGGCGGCCCUGAUAAUUCCUUCAAUAAUGGUAGUCCUCAAAAUCCGGUAUUAUGGAGACCCUAUAAUGGCCGUUGGAGCUCGAAAACUACACAUGCAGAGCCGUCCGGCACCCAAGCGCAAGGUACCGCCUCUCCAGACCGUGCGAGAAGGAAUGGACCGAGAUGGAACCAAAGGCCGAAAAACAGACGAUCGCAUCAGGGACCUGCCAGUUCGAUCGUGCCGCCUCAUCGGGCUGCGCCUUGGCAGUCACAUCAUGAGCUAAACGCAGCAAGUCCUGCUGGUCCCACUGGAAAUCUCAACAAUGGAAACUCGCCUUCUGGCUUCGCACCAGCACCAGGUGUCACAAACGCGGCGAGCACUGCAUUAUCUCCACCCCCAGGCUUGGUGCCACAUCAGCAACCAUUUUUCACACAAAAUAUGUCAGGUCAAUGGCCUUCACUUCAAGAGAAUGUGCCUCCUCAGCCCCAGCAACAAUUUACCCCCCAGGCAAAUACAUUCCCGCUUCCUUUUCAGUUUCCGACGUGGGAUGAUUUCCACAGGUUUGCGAGCCAGCUACCACCUAUGCCACCUCCCCCUUUGAUGAAUAUGGCGAUGCAAAACCCACUACUUGCGAUGCCAUGGUUUAGCCCUCCUGCCCUUCGCACAAAUUUUCCGGCAGAAAGAGUCUCUAGCCAGCAGCAACCACCGGUACCGAGUAACAGUGAGCCUCGACGUAGCAAGCCAGUUGAAACUCCCGCUCCCAUUCCAUCCCCCACAGCGGAAUAUCUCCAGCAAUCUUCUCUUCCGCCGACCCGGAACUCCUCUUCCAGACCGCUCCUCGUCAUUCUCGACUUGAACGGCACACUUGUCCACCGCAAAAAUCGUCUGAAUCCACCCAGCUUUACAGAACGCGCCGGUUUCAGGCAGUUCCGCGAAACUCUUUUGCGAAAGUACAGCGUCAUGGUCUGGUCUAGCUCGCAACCUUUCACAGUCCGAGGCCUGUGCCACAAACUUUUUCCUGGUCCUGCCCGUAAAAAGCUCAUUGCUGAAUGGGGUCGUGACAAGUUUAACCUAACACAAUCACAAUACAGGUCAAAGACCCAGGUCUAUAAGACAUUAAGCACAGUCUGGUGCGAUCAAAGAAUCCAAUCAUCGUAUCCCAAGGGCCGUGGCAGGAAUGGGCAGCAACCUACGGAAGGGGCGGAAGAUCCGCAUUGGGACCAAACCAAUACCAUCCUCAUUGAUGACUCCAAACUAAAAGCCAUUUCGGAGCCGUACAACAUCCUGGAAGUCCCUGAGUUCACGGGCCAGCCUGGACCGGAUGACCAUCGAGUCCUUUCAAAAGUCCUGCAGCUUCUGGAGGAACUAGCGAGAUAUGACGAUGUCAGCCAGGUGCUGCGUCGCUGGUGCUUGACGCUAGAAGAGUCUGGCAAUGCGAGCAUCCUCGACAUUGUAGACACCAUCGCGCCACGCCAGCCGCAGGAUCAACAGACCCACAACGGCGCAUUGACUCCGCCUCGCGAUGCGAUAGCAGAAGCCCGCAUCGAACGCCGCAAAGCCCGUAAGCAAGAGAAGAAAGCAGCACGGGUUGCUCCUGCUGCCCCUGCAGCUGUUGCCCAAGCUCGUACCCUGUCCCCGGUCGCACCUUCGAGCACGGAGCACCACUCUUACACCGAAUCCGGGGCGUCGCAACCAUCAAGCGGUACGGUCCAUCGAAUUCGGGCCACGAAUUCGCCAGCUGAAGCACAAGGCGGCCGACCAGGCGAGGAGAGUUCGCAGCCGGGUCGCUGUUCCACCCGCUCCCUAUCUCCUGUCACUCCCAACGGGAUCCGAUACUAA